AUGUGUCCCGUAGCAUGUGGAGUUAACAACGAUAUCUGCCAUGUUAAUGCAGAGUGUAUUGACGUUGGUGGCAGCUUUACGUGUGUUUGUAAAACGGGAUACACAGGAGAUGGAAUCAUUGAUUGUUCUAAUAUCAACGAGUGUUUAGUAGACAACGGAGGCUGCCACGUCAACGCAGAUUGCAUCGACACAGACGGAAGUUACACGUGCGUUUGUAAAACAGGAUAUACCGGGGAUGGCUAUAUUAGCUGUACAAAUAUCAACGAGUGCUUAGUAAACAAUGGAGGCUGCCACGUCAACGCAGAUUGCAUCGACACAGACGGAAGUUACACGUGCGUUUGUAAAACAGGAUACACCGGGGAUGGCGUCAUUAGCUGCACUAAUAUCAACGAGUGUUUAAUAAACAACGGAGGCUGCCACGUCAACGCAGACUGCAUCGACACAGACGGAAGUUACACGUGCGUUUGUAAAACAGGAUACACUGGGGAUGGAUAUAUUACCUGCACCAAUAUCAAUGAGUGUUUAACAAACAACGGAGGCUGCCAUGUCAACGCAGAUUGCAUCGACACAGACGGAAGUUACACGUGCGUUUGUAAAACAGGAUACACUGGGGAUGGAUUUACUACCUGCACUAAUAUCAACGAAUGUUUAACAAACAACGGAGGCUGCCACGUCAACGCAGAUUGCAUCGACACAGUCGGAAGUUACACGUGCGUUUGUAAAACAGGAUACACUGGGGAUGGAUUUACUACCUGCACUAACAUCAACGAGUGUCUAACGAAUAACGGCGGAUGUGACGUCAAUGCCGACUGCACGGACACGGACGGCAGCUACACUUGCACGUGCAAGACGGGUUAUACUGGUGAUGGGUUUACGUGCACAGUCCUGAGCGCUUGUGGAUCAUGUAACAGGACCAUAAUUGUCAGUCUAGCCAAUUAUCCGUCCACAACCGGCACCGAAACCUGGUUAUCCCCCAACUAUCCUGCCAAUUAUCCGGACGGUUGUGUUUGCUGUCUCUUCGUUGAGCUUCAGGAUGUUGGCACUAUCUCCUUCGGCUUCAAUUCUGGUGACAAGAUCUUCACGGCAACCAACUGCGCGCAAGAUCGGCUGGUUAUCGACUCGUCUGACAAUAAUUACGACGCAGUGAUCUGUGACGAUCUGACUUCCAAAACUCACUUCAUGAUCAAAUCCGACUCCUCAGAACCUAACCCAACGACAACGGCGUGUUUUAUAACUUCAUUUGCUGAUGGAAAUACCGUUGAAAAGGGAUUCGAAAUGACCCUCUCAAUUUCCUUGAUUGUCUAAGGGAACCCAAAGGAGAAAUGAUUUAGAAACAACGAUCCUGGUGAUAAGGAAUGAGCUGUAACCGAAGAGGUGCAAUUUUGUUUUUUGUCUUUGCAACGCUUCUUCUCUCUGUUUUCUGUUUCUUAGGAUUUUUCUGUUUCUUUUACUCCCUUGACUCC